GUACGUAGCUGAACAACUUAAGUCAGGAAACCACGUUCGGCCGGAAACGUUCGAGUGUGUUACGAUCUAUUUUAGUGAUAUCGUUGGGUUUACUUCCUUGUCAGCUGAAAGCACGCCUAUGGAGGUCGUGAAUCUGUUAAAUGACUUGUACACGUGCUUUGACGCCAUUAUUGAGAAUUAUGACGUAUACAAGGUGGAAACUAUUGGCGACGCCUACAUGGUGGUAUCUGGACUACCUAUCAGAAAUGGGAACGAACACGCGAAUGAAAUCGCUCGAAUGGCUUUGUCACUGUUACAUGCUAUUGACAGAUUUACAAUUCGUCAUCGACCAGACAAGAAGCUUCAGCUUAGAAUUGGAAUCCAUUCUGGGUCAUGUGUUGCAGGGGUUGUGGGUCUGAAAAUGCCAAGAUACUGUCUGUUUGGAGAUACUGUCAACACAGCGUCAAGGAUGGAGAGCAACGGACAGGCCAUGAAAGUACAUGUCAGUCACCAGACUAAGGUUAUAUUGGACGAGUUCGGGACGUUUGUUUUGAGUCUACGUGGAGACGUAGAGCUAAAGGGUAAAGGAAUUACUCGAACGUACUGGCUGGAAGAUGAAAAAAACAUGCCCAGUUACUCGAUCCUGCCAUGA